UUACCUACAGCUCACUGUCCAGAACCGGGACAGAACCAGCGGCGUGUGUUCAUCUUAACUCGACUUUUCAAACGUACCGGAUGGAGCUGGACCUGUGAGCACCUGCCUCGCGACAAAGCGGCGGUUGAAAUCUCAGAGGUGUUACCAGCAGCUCCACGGAGCGGUCCCGUCAUGGCCCACAGUGGCUCCUGGUCGCUGCUGUGCCGGCGGAACGCGCGGCUGGACUCGUUCCUGCAGCGGAAGCUGGAGCGGAGGGUGUACGAACGGAUCCGGGCUUACGAGCCGUGCGUGGUGCUGUCCGAGUCCAUCAACAAGGUGUACAUGCACGUGGUGCUCAGCGACGAGUGCGUGUACCUCACCGAGUACUCGCCACGCACUCUCACGGCAGCCGUUAGCUUCAGGCGCGUGCGUUACAUCGAGCUGGUGAACGACAUCCCAGAUUUCCUCAGUGGGAAGCAUCAGGAACGCUGCCAACACAUACGGAUCGUCUACGUCACCAAAAAACCUGCAGCGAAGCAACGCACUUGGUUAAAGAGAGCCAAGAAAGAGGGCCUUCCUCCUGCAGCCCCGUCCUCUCGCCGAAACAGCCACUGUCCUGAAAUAACAAGCACAUUACAAGGAUUUUCCACAGAGAGCAGCCAAUGGAGGAAGGAGGAGCUCCCCCCAGUGUUAAAGCACACCCGCUCAGCCUCGUGCCCGAACCCAGAGACUCUCGGCCUCACGAGAGUCCCGCAGCCUCCCCCCUUUUACUCCCCCUUAGUCUCACCUGCCUCAUCGCCAUUGCUCUCAGAGAAAAGCCUGAAGACCCUCGAGAGUGGUCAGUUACAAAGGAGGAUCGGUUCGGUCCUGUCACGCCUGCUGAGACGAGGUUGUGUGGACAGCGAAGAGGAGUGGGAGGCGGAGCUCCACCUGUACGCCGUCUCAGAGAAGUCCAGACUUUACCUCCACCUGCAGAGCUUGUGGAACAGCUUCAGUAUUAGGUCCACCCUUUUGUUAGAUCCGCUCUACAGAAGGAGGAACUGCGUUUCAUUGUCUGCUGCUGCCAUCAGCUGGGAGCGGACGGCUCACCUGUUUGGCCAGCUGAGCUCCGAGCUCCUGCAGGACGGGAGCAGCGUGGAGAGUAUGUACCUGCUGCUGCAGGAGCUGAGGACCGCCGCGCACCGCAGCGUUACCCUGCGCCGGCUCUUCUGGAGGUCCAGUGAGGUGUGUACUUUCCUGCUCUGCACUCUGGAGGGAUGUCUUCACGGCCGCCAGAGCCUCGGUGGACUCUACACAGCAGAUCAGCUCCUACUGAGCUCUCUGAUCGUUGACACGCUUGCCAUCAUGUUCAGAGAGACGGAGGUCGAAGCUGCCAGACUCAGCCUGCUCUCUGCCAAAAAAGGUGCUCUGGCCUCCCGAAUGCUGCUUGCCUUAAUAUGUGACCCUCAGCCACAAACUCACAGCGGAGGAUUUCUGACGUACUCAGAGCUUCAGGCCUUACUCCCUGAGUAUCUGGACACCGCCGCCUCUCUGCUCUUUGAACUGCUGCUCGUAGGCCACGUGACCAGCAGGUGUGUCUCUGCUGAAAACUUCCUGUCUGUCGGUUGGAUCCUCAGAGUCCUGCAGCCUCAUCCCCACCUGCUCUCCUUCAUUGGUUACCAGGUCCAGCAGGUGGUGUUGGUUCUGACGGGCCUGCAAGUGUCGGUCCCCAGUCCCGUUCAGUCCGUCCUGCUGUUCCAGCGCCUCCACCUCCUGCUGGCCUGUCUGCAGUACAACAGCCAGCUGGCUCAGCACCUGCGCUCGCAUUUCAGAGAGGAGUUCAGAUACUCUGUGAUGCCGUCGGGCUCUGAAGUGAAGCUGCCACCUCACUAUCCUAUCAGCCGACCCACUCUGAGACUUGUGGAGCACAUUCGAACUCUUAUGCUGCUCAGGUGACUGAACACCAGCGUGCUCCUAGCCUUCACUUUACACAAAGGCAUCCUCAGGGAAGCAGGAUUUGGAGUCCUCGGGAUGCUCGGCUUAAAGUUUCUGGAUUAUUAUAAAUCACAGACAUCUUACUGUUAGACAGAGAGAUGGAGAUAUAUGCUUGGCCUGUAAAGACUGUUCAAAUGAUGUGCACUCCUAAUAACCUGAAGCGGUUCUCUGACAGUCCAUCAAGUGGUGCGGCUUCGUAGCUUAGCAAAGUCGGACUGAAACAUUAGACA